AUGGCGUUUAUUAAAGAGGAGAGUGAAGAUGUGAAGAUUGAAGAAACAUUCACAGUCAAACAGGAAGAUCUGCAGGAACAAACAGACCUAAUUAAAGACUACGAGGAGAGUAAAGAGGAGGAACAUCAUGUCAAAAUUGAGGACAAAACUCAUUUAGAGACUGAUGGUGUGUUAAAAGUGAGAGACAAGAGUUGUUUUACCUGCACUCCGUGUGACAAGAGUUUGGCAAGCAAAAGCAAAUUAAAGACUCACAUGAGGAUCCACACUGGAGAGAAACCAUUCACAUGCACUCAGUGUGGGAAGAGUUUCAGCCAAUCAUCACACCUUAAUAAACACAUGAGGAUCCACACUGGAGAGAAACCAUUCACAUGCACUCAGUGUGGGAAGAGUUUUAGCAAAUCAUCAUCGCUUUAUAGACACAUGAAGAUCCACACCGGAGAAAAACCAUUCACAUGCACUCAUUGUGGGAAGAGUUUCAACCACUCAUCAUUCCUUAAUCUACACAUGAGGAUCCACACUGGAGAGAAACCGUUAACAUGCCCUCAGUGUGGGAAGAGUUUUAGCAAAUCAUCGUCGCUUUAUAGACACAUGAAGAUCCACACCGGAGAAAAACCUUUCACAUGCACUCAGUGUGGGAAGAGUUUUAGCUGCUCAUCAUCCCUUAAUAAACACAUGAGGAUCCAUACCGGAGAAAAACCAUUCACUUGCACUCAGUGUGGGAAGAGUUUCAGCCUAUCAACAUCCCUUACUCAACACAUGAGGAUCCACACUGGAGAGAAACCAUUCACAUGCCCUCAGUGUAGGAAGAGUUUCAGCCACUCAUCAUCCCUUCAUCAACACAUGAGGAUCCACACUGGAGAGAAACCAUUCACAUGCACUCAGUGUGGGAAGAGUUUCAGCAAAUCAUCAUCCCUUAAUCUACACAUGAGGAUCCACACUAGAGAGAAACCAUUCACAUGCCCUCAGUGUGGGAAGAGUUUCAUCCACUCAUCACACCUUAAUCAACACAUCAUGAUCCACACUGGAAAGAAACCAUUCACAUGCACUCAAUGUGGGAAGAGUUUUAGCCAAUCAUCAUACCUUAAAAACCACAUGAAGAUUCACACUAGUGUAAAAGAGUAUGUGUGCUUGGAGUGUGAGAAGACUUUUAUUACAGCUGCAGAAUUGAAACGGCACCAGAGGAUUCACACUGGAGAAAAACCGUACAAGUGUUCACACUGCAGUAAGAGGUUUACUCAAUUAGGAACCCUGAAAACACAUCAGAGGAUUCACACUGGAGAUAAACUGUAGACAUGAUCAGUGUGUACUAGGGUUGGGUACCGAAACCCGGUGCCAUUAUAGCACCGGUACCUUGGUAACUGGUAUGUACCGGUAUUAAAUCAGCGUAUGAAUUUCGGUGCUGCGGGAUGGACGUGAGGGGUGCAUGAAAAAAGUAUACCUAUACACAUAUAGGCAUUGCGUCACAGCAUCACUAAACAUUUAAUUCUAAACAACUUUGAGGAAUACGGACAAGCGAUAUCAGGCGAUUGUUAUUGUCGCUAGGGAACAGACGCACGCAACGUGCAGAGUACAGAGCAUUUAGCCUGGAACCAGUGGUUUUCGGUGAGCGAGAGCGACACUCUUCAGAUCAACAUGCGUGAUCACGUUCAUCCAAUUUGCUUAAACUAAGCAUUCUAAAGCGUAUUUUACAAGCAAGGAUUCUUACACAGCAACUGUCUUUACAAAAGUGUGUGUAAGGGGGAAACAUGUCAAACUUAAUGACACAUUUGGGGGCUCAAAGGCAGAGCCUCUCUCGCGUGCUUUAGCUCCCUCCGGCACUCGCUUAUGCUCGCUCCCUCUGUUUUCUUGGCACUAUGCUAUCUCUGUGACGGAGCUGCGCGCAUCAGCUCCCCGCACUCGUCAGAAGUUGAUGCCCAAAUUGACACAGGUAAUAAAAAGAUUAAACUUCAGUUAUGUUGAUGUUGUGAAACACUAUCAAAAUGUCCACUGUUGAUGAUAUUAGACUUCUGUUUUCAAUAGCGAUUUUAACUCUUAAUAUAGGAAGUCCUCGGCUUUGCAGAGACCCUUAUUAAUAAGAAAUCUAGUGUACAUAAUUUAACAUUAGGAAAUGCAGUCUUGAAUUUAAAAACAGUCAGCUUUUAUUCAUGAAAUAAACAAUAAGAAAUAUGACUUAU